ACAGCUGCUCCAACCAUGAUAACACCUGCUCCAACUAACACAACAUCCUCUCCAAGCACAACAACAGCCGCUCCAACCAACACAACAGCCUCUCUAACCAACACAACAGCUGUUCCAAUCAUAAUAACAACUGCUCCAACCACAAAAACAGCCUCUCCAACUACAAUAACUAUUCCAAUCACAAUGGCAACUGCUUCAACCAAUACAAGUGCUCCAACCAAUACAAAAACUGAUCCAACCACAAUACCUGAUUUAAACACAACAACAGCUGCUAAAAACACAACUACAGCACUUGCUCCAACCGCAACCACUACAUCAAGGACAACUGCUUCAACAACUCCUACAACUUCACCUACCACAGCUUCUACUACCAAUACAACGGCAACACCAACUCAUCUUGUGACUACUACAACAACUACAACUAAAGCUCCUCCUCCAGUGUUCGUUGUUGCAGCAACCGUGAUCGAACCAUUUGUUGAAGAGCUUAAUAACAGAGACAGUCAACAGUUCAAGGCCUUGGAAAUAAAAGUGAUAGCAGUGUAUGACAUCAUCUACAGAGAAGCCUUUGGAAUCUUCUUCAUUCGAAGUUUCAUCAUUGCAUUUAGACCAGCCAUAGCCAGGUCACGAAUGAAUGCUACUGAAGCAGAGGUGGGGGUAGAGUUCAAUCAAAGCACACCAGCUGAGAAUAUCCCCAAGGCUGAAGCUGUUCAAGAAGCAUUAGUACAGGCUGUAUCUAACCCCAACAUCACCUUGAAUAUCAGCUUCGAGGUGGGGUCUAUUCAAAUAAUACGUACACCUGAAACAACUGUGGCUCCAACCUUAAAUACAACACUUUCCCAAAAUUUAACAGCAGCAACAAUAAACCCUGAAUCAUCAGCUGGUAGCACUGCAACAACUACAACAGCUACUACAAUUACAUCAACAAACACUACUACAACCACAACUACAACCGCAACCACAACAACAACAACAACAACAACAAUCACAACUGCGGAGCAAACAGUAACGAGGCGGCUGAGAUUUAGGUCUGCUGGAGAGACCUUUACAACUGAUUUGCUCACCCCAUCUUCAUCAGCAUUUACGAACAGGGCUGAGCUUUUAAAGUCCACUCUUGUACCCCUCUACAAACGAGCAUUUUCUUCAUUCCGUGAUUUAACUGUGAUUUCAUUCAGCAAUGGGUCAAUCAUCAACAACAUGGACCUUCGAUUUGCAUCAGCAUCUGUUCCUACUGGCUCCAAAAUUGCAGAGGUUUUGGUCAAUGCAGCUUCACAAAUCACCUCCUUCAACAUUGAUACCACUAAUAUUUUCGUGGAUGGAACACAAGUGUCUAGCGGAGUAAACCACAAGAUCAGUCUCAUCACGGCAUUCUGCAUGGUCCUGUUGUCGUGGUUGUUGUCCAGCCAGCACUAUCAUCUCUGUUGAUCUCUAGUGGAUAAUUUGCUAAAAAGGUUUUCCGAACUGGAAAUUGAAAAGAUCUCAUGAAAGGGCAUUUUUAAAAAUAAAUAAUUGUAUGAACAACAUUUUCCAAGUAUGUUCUAGCAAGUUAUCAGUCAAAAGCCUUAUUGCUACGACAUUAUUAGGAUGUCAAUUAUUUGACUAUGAAACACUAAGUCCAGUCAAUGAAGAAAACAAACAUGUUUUGUAGUUCACGGUUCCCUGGAAAAAGUUCUACCUCUAUAUUAGGAACUUGUGUGAAGGGUAUACAGCUCUUAUCUCAAAGUCAUGGCACUUUACAUUUAUACAACAUUUAUUUAUUGUUUUUAUUAUAAUUUACAAUUAUCAUUAAUGAAGGAAUGAUUGUAACAGCUACUGUCCAUGCAAACCCUUAAGAGAUCUCUAUAAAUGUAUUUUGGGGGAAAAAUUAAAUGAAAGAUGUGUGAUGAUUACCUACUUGUUCCUUUUUAAUUUAAACAUAUUUAUGACAGUCGAUGUUUCUAUAUUCAGUAUUCCCUCGAGUGUUCCUCAAGCUUAUUUCUGUCAAACUAUAUCCGAUAUUUAAGAUAAGAAGGAGAUUAACCAUUAAAAUUAAAUUAAUAUGAGAUUGUUGUAUUAUUAAGCUUUUGGUUGUGAGAUGUGUUAAAGUGUAUGAAAAAUAAUGUAGGUG